GUGUGUUUGUGUGUGGUGAUGCCUGUGAGUUUGUGUGGUGGUGGGUGGGUAUGAGAAGAGGAGGAGCUCUGUCAUGAUGCCAGCACCACAUUCUCAUCCUGCUGCUGUUGAAAAGGGCGGUAAGGACAUAAACAAGCCCAGUGGGAUUAGGUCCCACUCAGAGAAGUGAUCAGGGGGGAUUUACUGCCCAUUGGGCACACAAUGGCGCUGCCGCGUUACACACCACACAUGCUCAACGGCAACGUUUCACAACAGACCCAAGCCUAUAUAAAUCUGAUUAGAACUCCCUUUUGUUUAGGAAGCGGCCCCGGGGUUAACACAGGCUAGCCAUGCCGCGGGCCAUGUUUGAUAAGACAGGGGGUGUGUAGACGUUGGCGGGACGGCAAAGAGAAAAGCUGGGGGCACGUUGUGUUUUGGCGGGGUGUUUCCACGUGUGUGAAGCCCCAGACAGACAGGGAGGCCAGUGGCUGUGUAUGGGAGCACAAUAACAGGAUGAAUAACACUCUCCCCCCCCCCCCCCAGUUAGUGCGUGUGAGUCAGCUGAUGGUGGUGGAUGGAGACAGGAUCUAAGCUAACAUGAGACAACAACAACAUUGGCAGACACAAAGACAGAAAGCCGUGCUCUCUCUGGCCCAGGCUGCAGCCAUGCCCCUUCUAGAAGAGACCACUCUGCCACAAGAUCACCCACCCACUGUUCCUGUGGUCAUCAUAGGCAAUGGCCCAUCAGGUAUUUGUCUGUCCUACCUGCUGAGUGGACACAAACCUUACCUAGACACAGCAACUGUUCACCCAAACCCAAUAAUAUACAGGAAACUGCAGGAGACAAAGCACCUAUCCAUCACUGAACAGGAUCUGGAAUAUUUGAGUGAAGGUCUUGAGGGGAGGUCAAGAAACCCUGUGGCUGUGCUUUUUGACACACUUCUGCACCCCAAUGCUGACUUUGGCUUCGAGUUCCCCCCUGUCCUUCAAUGGAGGAGGGACAAGCAGCAACACAUCCCUCAUCUGGUGCUGGGGAAGGCAACGCCUGGAGGUGCUUGGCAUGCAAUGGAAGGCUCCAUGCUGACUAUUAGUCUUGGCAUUUGGAUGGAGCUUCCAGGGGUUAACUACAGGGACUUGACCAAUGGGAAACGCAGGGAUGCCACUAGUGACAGAGCCACCCCAGAAGAGAUCUCAUCCUAUUACCGUAACUAUGUGAAGCUUAAGGGCCUCCAAAAGAAUUUUGUUGACAACACCUACGUGACCUCUGUCCAGAAACUCUGCCGGGGGCACGAAGGAGAAGGUCUGGAAAAUGGGCACACUGAUCAAGGAGAUGGAGGGGUGGGAGAUGGUGGGAAUGAAGGAUUUGAGGGAAAUGGAGUUGAGUGUCUAAAUAAUGGAGGAGGGGGGGCUCUCUGGGAAGUAAGGGGAUACCAGCAACUGCAGAAUGACACUCAUGUGCCAUUCUCUUUGUUCGCUGAGAAUGUAGUUUUGGCCACCGGUGCAUCUGAUUCACCGGUUCGAUUAGGUGCAGAGGGUGAGGACCUACCAUUUGUAUUCCACAGCAUCUCAGAUCUGGGGUUGGCUGUAAGCCGUAGAAAACUGGACAUGAACUCUGAUCCAGUUUUGAUUGUAGGUGCUGGUUUAAGUGCUGCUGAUGCAGUUCUGUGCGCUUGUAACAGCAACAUCAGAGUGCUGCAUGUCUUUCGUAAGAGCGUAGACGACCCAGAACUUAUCUUCAAACAGCUGCCCAAGACCCUGUACCCAGAGUACCACAAAGUCUACAACAUGAUGUGCUCUCAGACCUACACAAAUGUGGCUUCCUCCUCUGCUUUAAACAGACCCCAGGCAGUAUGUAUCGCCUCUUCAGUAUGUGCCAAGAUGUGCCCAAAGCCCCAACUUGCUGCAGGCAACAUGGCUGGUAAUACCAGUGUCAGCCUGUUCCCAGACUACACUAGUUUCCCCGAACACUGGGUGGUGUCCUUCCAGUCUGACAUGAAGUGUUUGUUGCAGGGGAACAACUCCCUCAAGGCCUUCAAGAUCUCCAUGGCCCUAGUGCUGAUUGGGACUAAUCCAAACUUGUUUUUUCUGAAGGGUCAGGGCCAGUACCUUGGUCAGGAUCCAACAAAACCCAUCUCCUGCACACAGAACCCCAUUGACAUCCACCCCUACACUUUUGAGUGUACCAAGGAGCCAGGUCUGUUUGCCAUGGGCCCGCUGGUGGGAGACAACUUUGUUCGCUUUUUGAAAGGUGGUGCUUUAGGCAUUGCCUCGUGUCUACUGAAGAGACUCAAGAAGAAAGGGAAGCUCAUCAGCAAUGGAGAGAAUAACUUUAUUUGAAAACAUAUGAAGAGCCGUACACAUUGGUCGUAGGGCAGAUUUCAAGUGCUCCUACCAACUAAUGUAAAAUAUGAAGGGGAAAGGAGUAUGUUUUAAUCAUUUAGGCAGCGUUUUCUCAUCAAAUUUAAGGCAUUUCAUACAAUUUUCUGAGACCAAAAAGACAAUGGAUGUACACUAAUUAGUUUCUAAAGAAACAAAACACAGCUUUCAAGAGUCUUGUUUGACUCCAAAAGAAGUCCCCAGAAGUCCAAGCUAUAUGUGCCAAUGUUUUCUAGUCAAUCUGUAACCUCACAACUGAAUGGGACCUUAUUUUCAUCAGGGUUAUUUAUUUGUUCACCAUAUGUCUUUCAAUCUAUUUACUAACAGUUAAAUUGGUGUCAUAUCACAUCAUACUUUAAGUCGUAUUUUAGUUUUUAUGCUCAAAACUAUAGGCAACUGCGCUCAUUCUCAAUGCAAUUUAUAGCUAUAGUUAUGUAAGUUAGGGACAAUUGCAAAAGCAAUCUGUGGUCCCGCUGUUGUACAACCUGGAGUGGUGAGUGUUAGUAAUAGUGAACGCACACAAGAUUUAACUCGGAAUGUGUAAACCAACAAGUUCAUAGCUAAACAAUCUUAAUCUACUGAUUAUUCUGAGCCUACCUUUUUAACUUCAGAGGAUUAUUUGUUUAGCUGCUAUUGUAGGUAGCUGGAGCCAUAUACCUAAGAAAAGUUUUUUUAAAUCUGAACGGUUGCUUUGGUUAUAGUGCGAAUGAAAGGCUUUCUUGGGCCACAUGACUGGCAGACCAUGCUCUGAUAAGACGUCGGUUUAAUUGCAAUCAGGCUCGAUGGCCUAUCCUGUCCUGGGUAGCCCGGAUGUGAAUUAUUUCAUCUUGAAUUUUCGGAUCUUAAUUUGAGCAACCUGAAUCUAUUGUUUUGAAAUUUGGAAACUUGAAUUUUAAGAUCGGUAGUUGUGACCAUUGGGGAAAAAAAAAUUUAAGUUCCGCUUUUGAAAUUGCAAAUUAAGAAAUUUAAAAUUCUAAAUGUUAACUUCAAAUAGGUAAAUUCAGAACUAAUAAAUUCAGAUAGAUGACUUUCGAUAUGAGUAAAUAGUAAAAAAAUUAAGUAUUCAGUGGCUGUUACAAUUCAAAUAAUUAUGUCACUUAUUUGCUUCCAUAAUCUAUGCAAAUAAUUUCAACUGCACAUCUGAAUGUAUUCUUGUACAACAAUUGCUAUGUUUGAAUUCCUGGCAUAAGAUAUGGUCUUAAAGGAUCAUUUUGGUGUUUAAUAUUUUCUUCUUUUUUAUUUAUUUGAAUGGUAAAAAUCUUGGCAGAUUUUUAUUUUUGUUUAGAUUUACAUUCAAAACAGUAAUACCGAUAAUUAUGCUUUUUUUAUUUCCAGAAAGAUGGUGAACAUUCUCCCAUUUGGUAGCCAACUUUCCAUUAUGAGACUUGUAAACUUCUCAUCAAAUCAACACAUUCUUCAAAUUGUGCUAACCAACAAUAAUACAUUUAGACAAAUUAAAGCUGGGCAUGGUGUUUACCAAGAGGGUUCUUUAGGGGCACAAGAAAUAAUAUAAAAUAGGAUAAAACAAGAAAUACCAGUAUGGUCCUUUUCAACUUAACAAUUGCCAAUUACAUCAUGACAACAAUAUAGUGAAAAUGUAAUACUAUUCUUGCCAUAGCAAUACAUUUAUCUAAACGCAACAAUUACACCACUUGUGCGCAUUUUCUUUUUCUUUUUGUCAGUCACUCAUGAAGAGAACAGGCUUUCAAAAAAAAGAAAACUUGCAGAAAACCCAUUUUUAAAAUCGAAAUAAUUUUAUAUUUUUAGCAAACCAAAUCUUAGUAUCCUCUUUGUAUUUUUUAUAAUUACAUAGUGCCAUUUUUUUUUAGCAUGUUGUGGCUAUCCUCACGAAGGCUAACAUCUAAGCUCCAUCUUAGAACUAUUCAAUCUACCUGACUGGGUAAUAUGUAAAUUACUUAUUGUCUAUCACUGUAGCCAUAUCAUGUUUCUCUUAAUUGUGAAACAUGGCACACAGCUUUGUUUACUUAACACUACAUAGGAAUUGCCAAGUCAGACAUCUUCCAUACCUAUUUCUGAAAUACACCAAAGCAGGUGAUGUCCUAAACAUGAUCAACACGAAGACUUUAAUUUUUUUUCCACAUUGCCCAACUUUACAUGUGUGAUGAUAAAAAAUUAAUAAUUUUUUAAUACGGCUUUGAAGCAAACAGACAAUAUUGUUUUGUUAAGUGUCAAAUAAGAGAGCAGAGCAAUCUAUUCAUUUUUACUUUAGUUUUCUUCAUUAUUUAAACACGGUCUGCAAGAGUGUGAUGCCAUAUGCAUAAUUUGUUUUGUGUGCUGCACAACUCAUGGUUUGUUUGUGAUGUGACACUUUGAUCCCUGUGUAGGGAAUUUUUUUCUUCUGCCUCCUUCAAUACAAUAUGAUAGAGUCAGUGUUGGGGGUAAUUACUAAAAUAAAACGCUACUGUCGUCACAUUACUUUUUCCACUAACAAAGUUAAUAGUUUAACACAUUACUGUAUAAGUUUUAGUAAUCCUAUUAAACUAGUGGAAAUGUUAUUACUUGUGUUAAAUAUUGAAUUUUAGCUGAAUUAUGCCUUGAUGCUUUUUUCAUUGACUUCUGAAUAUUGUUUUGAUAUGAAUAUUAAUUAUAUGCAUGCAGGCAUGAACAAUUGCCUAGCAGCAGCUGCUGUGAGCAGAAGACAUAAAAGUGCUACAAGAACAGAUGUGGGAAGAGUACAUUUAAGGACUGCAGAGACUGGGUGACUUAUUAGUAAAGAUAACUCUUAUUGGUUUGAAUUUACUUAAAGGAA